AUGCUGGCAAAUUAAGGAAAAAUUAGAAAAAGUGUAACUUAUCUUAUUUUCUUUGCUAUAUAAUUAACCUCAAUCCUUUCAGUUCCCCAAUGCUUCAAUGAAAGCUAGUUACCAAUUGAGAUAAAGAUGACUAAUGAUCAAUAGUGGUUUUCUUAAAUCGCCUAUCAUCCAAAUAAUAAUUACUUAGCAAUCGGCGGUGUCUAUGGAGAAGAUUUAAUGAUUGGAUUAUUUAAUAAUAAGGAAAAAAUGAAGAGACUAAUGUGGCUUAAUUCUUUUAACUUUGAUUGCGCUAGUUCUACUGAAUGCUUAAAAUUUUUCGAUAUUGAAUCUAUAGAAUUUCAGCAAGAUUCUAGUAUCAUUUCUUUGAUAAGAUCUAAAGCUUAUAAUUAAAUAUUAGAUUUUGAUUAAGUUGAUCUUACAUUAGUAAAGUUUGACUUAGCAGCUUUUAAUCCAUUAAACAGCAAUGGAUAUAUCUGGGGUCACAACCUAAAUAAAUAAGUUGGGGCUUACAAUAUAUUAUUUGCUUAAUUUUCAUUAGAUAAUAAUAUUCCAAUUAACUACAUGAUUCAAUCUACAACAACUAAUCAAUUGGCAACUUAUGAUGUCAUUAUUCCUUUAAUAGAAAUGGAUGGAAGUGUGGUUGCAGGAUGUUUAGAAUUCGGAUUUAUGUGUAUGGGAAUGGCUUUAUUCUCUUAAGGAAAUAUGUAGGUGUUUUAUAGAUCAAUCAACUCAUAAAGUAAUGAUAUUUUUUAUACUGCUAGAAUUAAUAAAGAUCCUUUCAAAGUAACUUUUGAUGGAAAACUAGUAGAACGUAAUUUCAGAAUUUAAGGAAAUGAACCAGUUAUUAUUAAUAGUUUUAGAUUUUUUAAUAAGAUCGGUGAUUACGUACAUCUUGGAUAAUCCAGGACAAUUUAAAUUUAGGGAAUAAAGAUUAUUCCAAUAUCUUGA